AUGCUGUCCUGUCGGGCGCUGUACAGGCGAAUCCACCAAGAAGAGUAUGCGAUAUCUCGCGAGUAUCUUCAUCAUCGAAAGCGCCGAUAUCUGCAAAGCAGCAACUGCUCUCCAGGAGAUGACCUGACAUUCGUUUCUGAGCUUUUCCCACCCCAACCACCGCAGUACACUGCUAGCAGGUCGCACGACGAAUUCCCCCAAUAUUCCUUCGGCUACCUCGCCGACCUAACCCGCUGCUGGAUGACUUGCCUCAGGCUAUCGUACUAUCUAGCCGAUUACGCGGUUCAGCAUCAUCUGCAGCAUGAUCCUGAAGCUCGGCCUCUUUGGUCAUCCUGCAAGACCGAAAAGGAAGUAGUCUACAGCAGAGCUGUGGGUGUGCUUCAAUCUCGCUUAUUGUGUCCCUUGACAAACCUCGCAUACUUCCUCGAAACCUACGCAGCAGCCCGUGACGCAGUAAGGGAAACCGGAAAGCACCAUCAUCUGCACCAUUCGCUCGAAGAGCAACAGUCCAUCCUCCAACGGCCCCCGUUCACGACGACCGAGGUCCUCCUCUCGACCCACCACUGCAUGCAUCUCCUCUGCUCAUCUGUGCGCCAUAUGAUGAUCCCCGAGUUUCCUCCCUCUUCAACCGGAAGCUGGGUCGGUAUUCUCCUCACGACAUCCACGCUCGAAAGGAUCCUAGAUUUUUUCGUCGCGGCUGCGAACGACCAAUCCGCAGAAGCCCAGCACGCGCACGCCAGGAACGUACAAAGCCAUCCUCAAACGCGCGCUCAGCACGCACAUACCAGGAAUUUAUCAUCUACCUGGACGAAACGGAGGGAGUUCCUGUUGCGAAUGCGAAAGGACUGGGAGGAGUACCUGGUGUCCGUGGGUGGUGACCAGACGGCCGCUGCCGAUCACGAGCAGGCGCUGGUCGCUCCCCCUGAUCUAAGGCAGGUAUGGUUUGAGGCGGGUGAGAAGGAGAUGUAUCGACGAGGUGUGAUUACGCAUCGCAGUGAGGAUCCAGUGCACAUUCUCCAUGGGUCGUAUAUCAGAUUACAUUGUGCAUUCUGUGAUGACCAGUAUUGA